AUUAUCCAGAUGGAGAUGACCACGAUCGCAUCUUCCGAGGUCGCACAACCGGCGGCCAUCACGACGAGCGAGCUCUCAGAAGUACAACAGGGAGAGCAAAAUCCAGUUCCUCCACUAUCAAAGGAGAAGAUCAGCAUUGCGCAGCAGAGCAAAACCAAAAACGAUCUUGACGACCCCAAUCUGUUCAAAAACGCCCUCCUCCUGGUCGAAUUCCAGGAUGGCGAGAACCCUUUUCACGCGAAAUACGCUGUCGAGAAGUACAGGAACUAUG